AAGGCAAAUGAGGAACUAAAUGAGCUUCGUACUCUGAUGGUAAAGUUGCAAAAUCUUUCGGAACAACUGGAUCCAUUGGAAACAGCGUAUGCUGAUGUUCGUUUCUAUGAUGUAGAUGUUGAGCAAACGCAGCAGCAAUAUGAAAAUCUUAUGUCUGCGAUGAACAAUGAGCUACAAGAAGAAAGCAUACUGAAUGAAUCUGCUCAACAACUGGCUCGAGAAAUUGAACGCCUCAACAUCGAACUUGCGUCAGAGCUGGUCCAGCAUGAACAACUUGAGGAAAUACUAAAUCAUCAGUUACCCGCAUUGCAAGCGCAGUUACAACUGCUGAGAGCGAAAGACGAUGAGGCAAGCAGAGCUCGAAUUCAUGUUCAUCGUAUGUCUCAGCCAGCAGUGGAGGCAUUACUGGGGCAGAUGAAUCGUAUUUGCGAGCUUGUGCGCGAGAAGCUGGACGAACUUGCAGGAGCGGAGAAACAGGAAAAAAUUAUGAUGAUUCGAUUGGAACUGGAAGCAUUGAGCAAUGAGGAAUGUGAUGAGGAAAGAAUUGCGAAGCUUGAAAAACAGCUGCAAGAGCUACAUUUUAAAGACGAAGAGACGGAAGUGCUUGUUUCCCGCGUGCAUGAACUUCGAAUAAAGAAGAACAAGCGUGUGGCACUAGCUAAUAAAAUUGAAGGAAGAUUAAUCGAAUUAGUGAAUCGCAUGAAUAUGAUAGACAGUAAUUUGAGAGCCGUGAUGGAUGAUCGAGAGCGAAGAAAGAUGGCAGCAUCAACUGGAGUGGACAUGCAAAUUAGUGCUCUCGAAUCAGCACUUAGUGAAGCAGCUGGAGAAAUUCUUCCGCUGUUGAAUGAAUUAUGUUCUCAGUCACAUCAUGAAAACAUUAUCAUUCCGUCGAUUCAGUUGCAGCUCGAAAAUGUGCAAAAAUUCAUUGAAAAAUGCAAG